AACAUACUUUAAGUUUGCACUACACUUUAUAACACAAUGGAUUUUUUAAACAAGGGAAAGGAAUUUUUGAGUUCCGAACAAGGUAAGGAAUAUACCGAAGACGCUAAGGAAGCUUACUCCACUUUCCAAAAGACUGAAGGUACCAACCAAGAGAAGGCCAAGGCUGCUUACGAGAACUACAAGAAGGACGAAGAAGAAGAUAAGAAGAAGGAUUAAAUGUUUAGUUAGAUAUUCAAUCAAUACUUGUGA